AUGUGCAAAAGCUGUCACCGCCCCCAGCUGCAAUUUUACGAUGUGGUUGUGAGCUGGCCCAGGUCGGUGCACGACAGCCGGAUUUUUGAUAACUCCCGUGUGCGGGUGCUGUACGAGGAACGCCGGGUGCCAGGGGUGCUGCUUGGGGACAUGGGCUACGCCUGCUUCUUCUUCCUGAUGACCCCCCUGGCAGAUCCCGGUCCAGCCAACACACCACGAGGCAGGUACCAGAAGGCCCACAUCAAAACGAGAAACUCUGUCGAAAGGGCCUUUGGCAUCUGGAAGCGGCGCUUCCCCUGCCUCGACAUGAGGCUGCAACACAAGCCACGUCGGGCCGUGCAGAUCAUCACAGCCUGCGCUGCACUCCACAACCUGGCCUGCCUGAGGAAGGACCCACAGCCUCCACCUCCCCCAGCUCCGCCAGUUGUGCCUAGGGCACGCAUACCCAGGAGGAGGGCCACACGGCCAGUCCACCUGCCACCCGCCGUGGACACCGUGGAGAACUCCCUCACGGGCAUACAGAAACGGGAGCAAAUCAUCGAAAGAAGCUUCAAGUAGAAACUUCUUUCGAAGUGGAAGCUCCCUUCUGCAAUGACUGAUCGAGCUUUGCCUUAAAGGGGCGGUGGAACAAUAUUCAGUUAUAAUGUUUUUCACUUUACACAAGCUUACUGGCACUAG